AUGGGUUUCGUAACUAACACCUCACAACCACACCUGUCAGCCCAUAUCGACAUCCUCCACUGUCUAAUCGAGAUCAUUGAAGCUGGUGCCCCCCAUUGUGACGGCACAAAGAUAACAAGCACUGACUCCGCGAGUCGCCUACGGUGGGCAGGUUUAGAUCCAGCCAAUGCUCGAAAAGAAGACGACGACAUCAUACUCCAGCAGUUGACCGCCGCCGCCUCUAACACCACCAGGCCGAAAUACCCCAGGGGACCCGACAGACCUAACAGCUGCGACAUCGCUCUCAGCAACGAUAUGCCUGGCUGGAAAUAUGCAUUUGCAUUAUCAAAAGAUGAGGUGAAAGCCGCUACGCCGCCAGGGACGGUGAGGCUUGUUGAAUACAAACGCCCACUGGAAGAUGAUGACCGACCACUACAACAACAAAACGUCCGAGAUGACGCCCCAUCAUCACCCGAAAUCGACCUCGCCAAGUUCCCCAUUCCUACUUCCGACCCUUCGGAUCCCCUUAACUGGGCCCGCUGGCGCAAACUUUCCUGCCUCGGCACCCUCUGCAACUACGCCUUUGCUUGCUCCUUUGUCUCCGCCUCGCUCUCGCCCGCCCUAGCCAUAUGGAACCAAUCCUUUCCCACUGACCCUCGAGGGAUGUCGGACCUCAGCCGUUUCACUGCCCUGAAUGUGCUCCUGCUCGGAUUGGGAAACAUUGUGUUCGUGCCGCUGGCCAAUGUCUUUGGGAGGAGGAUCGUGCUGGUGUUGAGCGCGUUGACCCUGUUCAUCGCGACUGUUUGCGGUACGAGAGAUUUUGGGUCUGGAACGGCCGAGCAUGGAAUGGGGAUGUAUGAGGGCGUGCUGGUCAUUAGGAUCUUUCAGGGGUUGGGGAGUAGCGUGUCGGAGACUGUUGGGCCGGCGGUGGUGGGCGAUAUGUUUUUCGUGCAGGAGAGGGGUGGGUGGAUGGCUCUGUAUACCGCUUGUCUCGCCAGUGGAUCGGUUAUAGGAGGAAUAUGCGGAGGAUACAUCGCAACGAGGUACGGAUGGUUUGGCAUCUUCUGGAUCUCUACCGUCUUGACGGGAAUGGCGUUCGUGACUAUGGUGUUAUUGGUCCCCGAGACACUCUUCGAAAGGGGCCCGUUAUGUUUUCCUACUAUCACAACUGCUCCGAGAGAGAGGCAUCGACAUCGGCAUCGAAACAACGGCAACGACGACAUUGGGGAGGAAGAAAAGGAGAUUGACGGUGCGAACGAGAACCACAACCGAAGAUCGGGUGUUCGACGAUAUUACCACCAACAUGUUCCCACGCCAUAUCUCAGCUUGGGCACUUUGCCGUCGAUCCGAAUGACGAUGCCGUCACGAUUUAUUGCCUCCGUCUAUACCCCGCUGAACAUCAAUACCAACCAGCCUCAGUACUUCCGGGACUAUUGGGACCCUCGCUUGGGACUGACUUGGUACGAAACAGCCUCUGAAUCUGAUGACUCUGAGGAAAGGUUUCCAACGGUUUAUGGAAGGGGAUCUCCGCUACCGACGGGUCUAAGGCCGCCACCGACCGCUGCAGCACGGGGAGGACGAGAAGCUGCUGGCGGUGGUCUUCCUCCUGGUCCUGGAGGACUAGCAGCACGACGAGCCACCGCCCGAGGUCCUCGCUACCGCCUCUAUCCUCCCUCCGAGAUCAAUAUCCGCCCAUUUAGUCGAGGCGGCAACCAAAACCGUCCUAUCAUCCGGAAACCCGAGAACAACGCCAUCGGACUCUCCAACCGGUUCACCCUCGGCCCCUUUAACCGCGACUCCGCCUCUUCCAUUCCUUCCUCCGAAGACGCAUCCACCCAUUACGAACCCUACACCUACCUCCGUUCCCUCCGCUUCUUCCCACCCCAACAACACACACCCGCCCGCCCCUUUGACUCAGUCGCAAACCCCUUCCCCAAAUCCCCAUACUCCCCAUAUUCACCCAAUUUCCCCAAACCAUUCUUUGGAAACAACGACUACGGCUACGCAGAAGCAGAAAGUAGAUUGUUGGUUGCCUUGCCGGGACUGGUCAUUGCCACGGGUGGAUUGUUGGUUUGGGGUUUUUGUGGAGAGUAUGGACCUGCUCUCAACGUCGCUGCUGCUGGUGGUGCUGGCGCUGCUGGGAAUAGCACGGUGACGGGGGGGAGACAGUGGCAACGUCACGACGACUGUGGGACCGGGACUGAGUAA